UUGUUUUUUAUACUCGGUUUCACUCGUUUUUUCCGGUGUUCUUUAUAAAACCAUCAUAUUUCCUACCGAGAUUCCGAAAAAAUAUGUCACCCUCGCAAUUUCCUAGAUAUUACCAUAUUAAUUGGAAAGAUCGUCCGAGACCACCGAAUGACUUCGAGGAAUUGAAAAACGCAUAUGCAGCCGGAGACUACACUACUGUAAUUGAAUUGCUCAAUAGUUUACUAACAAACAUUACUGAUCAAGUCAGUAAUUCUAAGCGUUUUGAAGCGCAUGAACAUAUUUUACUAGCGCGAUCUUUAUGUUUUCAGCAAAUGAAAGAAUAUGAACAAGUCUUAUCGGAUACUACUGAAGUCUUGAAAGUUGCUGUUAUAAAUGUUACUUUGACUCCUAGAAUAAAUGACGUCUCAAACGAUCGCAAAAGAUAUAGUGAGACGUAAUAAUCCAUCUCAAGCAUUCAGUUUAAUCGAUAAAAAUAGUGAGAAUUGUAAUGAGCUAGCAAAAAAAUUUCAUUAUCGUUUGUUAUUAAGAAGACCAUUGCAUCCAAAUAUCCAUGUAAACAUGUGGUAUACUCUUGAUCUAAUGUUCGUCAGUGAAAUGGGAUUAUUUAAAAGAGAAGAUUUAGUUGGAAUACAAGGUUAUUCACUUGGAUGUAAAUUGUUGGAAAUUAAUGGUGAAGAAAGAUCUGAGAAAUAUGAAGUUCAAGUCCGCCCUAUGAGUGCAGAAUCUCGUGAAUGGAGCGAUUGUACUGAAACGGAUUGGGCGGGAGUACAAAAUGGAGGCAAAGGAGGUUUGGAAUUUCGUAUUAUAUGUACCAAAAAGCAAGGGUGUAACAGACUAACUAUAUCCGAUGGUUCUUUCGGUGAAUCUAAUGAAUUUAGUAAAUAUAAUGGAUCUAAUGAAUCUAAUGGAUUUCUAAAUUCCGAACUUGAGCGAAAAAAUUCCUCCUCUACAAAUUCUCUUCUUCAAUUGUAUUUGUAUGUUUAUCCCAUUCUGGAAAUUGUUAGCAAUGAUAACAACGAAAAUUCAGAAUUUUCCAGCAGUAAUGAUAUUAAUGACGAUGUUAAUAAAAAAAUUACUGAGAUUAAUAAUAACGAAGAACGUAAUAGAUACGUGCAAAAAAAUCACCUUGUACCCUUAGCUAUUGGACCUAUUCAUAUUGUUAAUUGUGAAAUGUAUUCUAGUUCUUGCGUUCAUCACCUAUCACCAAAUGGAUCCAUUGCUGCUGAGAAUAAUGUUGUUACUAUCCAAUCUAUACCUUUAUGUGAUUCGCUAUCUCGUACAAAAAGCCCUUGGAGUAUUGAUGAUUGUCUUGUUGAUAAUUAUCGAGGGUUUGAAUUGUCAGAUGGAAAGUAUCUUAUUAUUAAGGAAUUAUGGGAUGCUGGAAUCCCUGGAAAAGUAUGGGACUCAGCGUUUAUCGUGGUUCAGAUGAUCGAGGAGAAGAUUCGUAGAAAUAGAAAUUUAUUUUCUGGAAAAAGAAUUUUGGAUUUGUCAACAGGAACCGGAUUUGUUGGUUUAUAUUUGGCUGCACGUUUGUCUACCAUACAAUCCGAUAAGUCCAGUGAAAAGACGGACAACUUAAAAACCAAUAUAAUAUUGACUGACUUGGAUUAUGCUUUGAAGUUAGUUCGUGGAAACUUAGAGUUAAAUAAACACAUCUUAGAUUUUAGUAGUAAGGUAACAGUUGAUGUGGAUUCAUUACGAUGGGGAGAUUUGACGAAGGCAGAAAAUUUUGGAGUUCUCGAUUAUGUAUUUGCUUCAGAUGUUGUGUAUGAACCUGAUUUAUUUGACUCUCUUGUACAAACUCUUAUAUCCGUGUGCACUCCAGGGUGUACAAAGAUAUAUCUUGGAUAUAAGAAACGAGGGCUAACUAAAGAAGAAGAAACUCGCUUCUUUGAUGAAUUAGGAAACAAAUUUCAAAUAUCCGUAGUUCAAGGAUUAGGUAAUUUGGCUGAAGAGGGGAAAGUUAAUGUUUAUGAAUUAAGUAUAAAAUAAGAUUACAUCUGAUAAUUUGCGAAAGAGUAUUAAGAAGUAUAGUUAAAUCUUUACAUUCAAUUUAAUGCACUUUUUGCCUCUUGAAGGAAUUUAU